UCUUAAAUCUUUAAACUAACCCAGUAAAGACUUGGCUAGAGUCACUACUGCCUUCAUUUCAGCGACAGUUUUAUUUUCAAAGAAAUGGGGCAGUUUCAGCUUCAACAACAGAUCAUGGCACUGAAGCCAUAUCCAUGCACAUUCAUGUCUUUAGCUUCUUGUUAUAAACCCCCUAAACUUUUCAGAAUUCGUUUUUUCCCCGCUUUUCCCACACUCAAUGAAUCCAUCAAGUUUCAUCAUCUUCAUUCUCUGCCCCCCGUUCAACCCCGUUUGGUAUGCAAGAUGAAUGGCUCAGAUAUUAUUUCGGAUCUAGAACUUGGAAAGCCAGGGGAUAGACGAAAACCCGAGAAGCGCGUUAAUGGAGUGUUUUGGAUUAUACUUCUGAAUCUUGGAAUAUAUGUAGCUGAUCACUUGUUUAAGUUUCAGGGCAUUCAGUCUCUAUACUUGUACCAUAAUUGGCCUGCUUGGUACCAAUUUAUAACGUCAACGUUUUGCCAUGCUAACUGGAAGCAUCUUUCGAGCAACCUUUUCUUCUUGUACAUUUUUGGGAAACUCGUCGAAGAAGAGGAAGGAAGUUUCGCAUUGUGGCUGUCCUACAUUUUCACAGGUGCUGGAGCUAACAUCGUCUCGUGGCUGGUUUUACCAAGAAACGCAGUCUCCGUUGGUGCUUCCGGUGCGGUUUUCGGGUUAUUUGCAAUCAGUGUCCUUGUAAAGAUGUCCUGGGACUGGAGAAAGAUCCUCGAGGUUCUCAUAUUGGGCCAAUUUGUUAUCGACAAGGUGAUGGAGGCAGCCCAAGCUUCAACAGGCCUGUUUGGACUUUCCUAUCCCUUGCAAAAUGUCAAUCACAUUGCACAUCUCUCUGGUGCUCUUAUUGGUGUUCUUCUAGUAUGGCUUCUCAGCAAAACUCCUUCUGAGCCUCUUGAUAAUGAAAUAUCAAGUUCUCCUAGAAAGAGAAGUUGAGGUUCUUAAGAGUUUCUAAAAAAAAUGCAUCAAAUUGUGAGUUAACGUAUCAUUAUGGAAUGGUGAUUGAAUAGUAGAGGAGAUGAAAUGUGGCCCAAUUGCUUUAUACAUGUAAAAAAUUUAAUGGUUCAAUGAAUUUUGAAUACCUCCCAUA